ACGAAGGGAGGAGGAUAUCUAGAUUCUAGAGAGAGAGAGAUACUGUGAAGACUGUGAUAAAGUAAAAAACUUUUGUGUGGCUUUGGAUUCUUCUGCCAAUUCGUGCUGUGCUCACCAGCAAGCUUUACUUGGACUUGCUUAUGGGAGCCGGAGUGGAGGGAGCUGCAUCAUAAAAUCAUUACUCACUCACACUCACUCACUCACUGCAAAUCCCUUUUUGGCUUUCUGAGAUGGUGGAGCUCCGAAGGCUGCUGUUGAUGCUGUUCAUCAUCACCACUACUUGCUUUCUUCAUUGGAUGCCCAAUGGUGUCACUGCCACAGAUCCAAAUGAUGUUGCUGCUGUAAAGGCUAUUUUUCAAAGCAUGAACUCACCAUCCCAGCUAGGUUGGCCUGCUAAUGGUGAUGAUCCAUGUGGACAGUCUUGGAAAGGCAUUACAUGUUCAGGAAACCGUGUUACAGAGAUUAAGUUAUCUAAUCUUGGACUAACUGGAACAUUGGCUUACGGAUUACAAGCAUUGACAUCUGUGACCAGCCUAGACAUGAGUGGCAACAAUCUUAUAGGAAACAUACCAUACCAACUUCCUCCAAAUGUUCAGCGCUUAAAUCUUGCUUAUAAUAACAUAACCGGAACAGUCCCUUACUCUAUUUCUAACUUGACCUCUCUUACGCACUUGAAUCUUAGUCACAAUCAGCUCCUGCAAGGACUGAGUGUCGACUUUUACAAUCUUUCCACUCUCUCCAAACUGGAUCUCUCUUUUAAUUCUCUGACUGGUGACCUCCCUCAGACUCUGAGCUCGCUUUCAGCAAUAACCACCAUGUAUCUGCAAAACAACCAGUUUACAGGCACUAUUAAUGUCCUUGCUUAUCUGCCUCUGGAUAGUCUGAAUGUGGAAAACAAUCAUUUUACAGGAUGGAUACCGGAAAAUUUGAAAAACAUAGACCUACGGACUGGUGGUAAUGCUUGGAGCUCAGGACCUGCACCCCCACCUCCACCUGGGACACCUCCAGCACCUAAAAGCAAUAGACACCACAAAUCGGGUGGUGGAAGAACCAUUGUCCAAGAUGCUGGUAGUGGCACAGUUGAUGAGGGCAAAAAGUCUGGAAUAGGAGGUGGUGGCAUAGCUGGAAUCGUGGUCUCCAUCGUUUUUGUUGGGGCAAUAGUAGCAUUCUUUCUAGUGAAGAGAAAAUCCAAGAAGUCGUCUUCAGAUUUAGAAAAGCUGGGCAGUCAGUCCUUGGCUUCUCUUCCUUCAAAUGAAGUGCAUGGGAAUUCUCUGCAAACUUCCUCCGUGACUGGCAUGAAGACAUUUGAUACUUCUGCUUCAAUAACUCUUAAACCCCCACCCAUUGAUCGUAAUAAAUCGUUUGAUGACAAUGAAUUCUCUAAGAAGCCCACUAUUGUGAAGAAGACUAUUACACCUCCAACAGAUGUGCAAUCAUAUUCUAUAGCUGAUCUGCAGAUUGCUACUGGCAGCUUCAGUGUGGAUCAUCUCGUUGGUGAGGGGUCUUUUGGGCGUGUAUAUCGUGCUCAAUUUGAUGAUGGGAAGGUUCUUGCAGUGAAGAAAAUAGAUGCGUCUGUCCUUCCCAAUGAAUUUUCAGACGAUUUUACAGAAAUAGUGUCAAACAUCUCCAAUUUACAUCAUCCAAAUGUUACAGAGCUUGCAGGUUAUUGCUCAGAGUAUGGACAACACCUCUUAGUCUACGAGUUUCAUAAAAUUGGUUCGCUGCAUGACUUCCUUCACCUCUCAGAUGAAGAUAGUAAACCAUUGAUAUGGAAUUCCCGUGUCAAGAUAGCUUUGGGGACUGCACGUGCUUUAGAAUACCUACAUGAAGUUUGUUCGCCAUCAGUUGUUCACAAGAAUAUCAAGUCAGCGAAUAUAUUACUUGAUACAGAGCUUAAUCCUCAUCUUUCAGACAGUGGCUUGGCAAGCUAUAUUCCAAAUGCAGACCAGAUAUUGAACCAAAAUGUUGGAUCUGGAUACGAUGCACCAGAAGUUUCCUUGUCUGGUCAGUACACUCUGAAAAGUGAUGUCUACAGCUUUGGAGUUGUCAUGUUGGAGCUUCUCAGUGGACGGAAACCAUUUGAUAGCUCAAGGCCAAGACCUGAGCAGUCUUUGGUUCGAUGGGCAACUCCUCAACUCCAUGACAUUGAUGCAUUGGCUAAAAUGGUUGACCCUGCACUGAAAGGGCUAUAUCCUGUUAAAUCUCUUUCUCGUUUUGCUGAUGUUAUUGCUCUUUGCGUUCAGCUUGAGCCCGAAUUCCGACCACCCAUGUCAGAAGUGGUUCAGGCGCUGGUACGAUUAGUGCAGCGAGCUAACAUGAGCAGGCGAACAACAUUUGGAAGUGAUCAUGGAUCCCAACGAGGGAGUGAUGAUCCAGCUAUACGUGACAUUUGACCUUGUGUUACUACAAUGGCUAGAAAGGAAGUGUAGUAAUAUUUUCCCUCAAUCCAUAGGUCUUUGUAAGUUAGGUUGAUUGCACCUUUGAUUAACCAAGUUAGACAAUGGGUGCUGUAUGCUAUAUUUGUACUUUGUAAUAUAAAUUCAAUUGUUUAACUGGUUACAAAGUUGAACCCCAUAUUCGGCUCA